CCCGCUGAAUGGUCGCUUUGAAUAUUGUCCUCUGUGCGAUCCAUGGCGUCCGUACUGGAGGAUCCGGCCCUGAAGCGCCACUUCAAAGGACAUAAAGAUGCCGUCACCUGCGUUGACUUCAGUCCAGACAACAAACAGCUUGCAUCUUCUGCUGCGGAUGCCUUUGUCAUGGUCUGGAAUUUCAAGCCUCAGUCACGGGCUUUCAGGUUUAUAGGACACCGAGAGGCUGUGACUAGCGUUCAGUUUUCUCCUGUUGGACACUUACUGGCAUCCACUGCAAAGGACAGGACAGUUAGGAUCUGGACCCCUAACAUCAAAGGGGAGUCAACAGUUUUGAAGGCCCACACAGCUUCUGUACGAAGUGUUGACUUUUCAAGUGACGGCCAGAGCAUAAUUACUGCGUCUGAUGACAAGACAAUUAAAGCAUGGAGUGUCCAUCAUCAGCGUUUUCUUUUCUCACUUACCCAACAUACAAACUGGGUUCGAUGUGCAAGAUUCUCCCCAGAUGGAAGACUAAUUGCUUCAUGCAGUGAUGAUAAGACUGUACGAAUCUGGGACACAACCAACAGAGUUUGCAUUAACACCUUCAUGGACUACAAAGGGCAUUCCAAUUAUGUGAGCUUUAAUCCAUCGGGAACGUGUGUAGCCUCUGCAGGUUCUAACAGUACAAUGAAAGUCUGGGAUAUUCGCAUGAACAAGUUAUUGCAGCAUUAUCAAGUCCACAGUGCAAGUGUUAACUGUUUGUCCUUCCACCCAUCGGGGAACUUCCUCCUUUCUGCCUCCAAUGAUGGUACUGUGAAGGUGCUCGACCUGCUGGAGGGAAGACUGCUUUACACACUACACGGGCACCAGGCCCCAGUCUUGUCUGUUGCUUUCUCAAGAGAUGGAGAGCAGUUUGCUUCUGGAGGGACAGAUGCACAGGUUUUAGUCUGGAAAACGAAUUUUGACACAUUUGAAAAUAAAGUAAUAAGUAAUAUGCACCAGAAAAGGCUGUUUCCAGAAGCAUCACCUCAUUUAAAUGAUAUUUAUCCUCGGUCUUCUCACUUUCACAGAAGCACUGCGCAUUCCAUUGAGGUAAAUCCCAUGUUUGAAGUGGCAGAUACUCGAGCUACCAAUCCUCCCAUUAUAGAUGUCAGAAACCUUGCUUCCAAUGAACAGAUGCAUCCAUUGCAUAGCCUUAAUGAGGAUCCACAGAGUGGCCAUGUGCCUUAUAAGACUUCACCACCACUGCCUGCCACCUCAAAAAGAAGAGGGCAAAAAGAACAACAUCCAGCCGAUGAGAAACCAGGUUUCCAAUCUUCACUGGGCAGCACUUUGGAGCAUAUUGUGGAUCAGCUUAGUAUUUUGACUCAGACCGUCUCAAUAUUGGAGCGGCGACUGACAUUGGCAGAAGAUAAACUCAAAGAAUGCCUUGAAAAUCAGCAGAGGAUGCCCGAAUCAGACUGAUAUGAUGUGUGAUCUCUGUACUGCAAUCAUUUGUAAAUAUUAUUUAUCUUCUUGUAUGCAAUAAUAUAUUUUUCCUAAAUAUUAAGGUGUUUUUAUGUGAUUUCUGAAGGGUACGUCCACCUUUACAGCCAUUACACCAUUUAAACUAAAAUGGAAAAUUAAUGGGGUAGUCUAGUGUAAAAAAUUUGAAUUGGAUCAAAAAUAUGAGGCACAAAAGUAAAAUUCCUGAAUAUCUGGUAAUUAGAUAUUUUCAGAAGUUUCACACAUAAUCACUCGCCACUUACUGGCCUAAUAUGUGAUGUUAAUAGCCAGCACUAGGAGUUACAGGAGUCUGUAACUGGGAACUAAUGUCAGAGGUUCAGUGGUGGGGGAGCACAAUAUGAGAUGCACACAAGGGGAGACUUGUUCUUCAGCAGCCAGAAGAGGUGCUUGGAAUAAAUCUCGACAAUGUAUGAUGUGAUCUGUAGUCUUCUACCCACAUGGGCUGCUGCUGAAACAAAGCUCACUCUUGCUGCCUCGAAAAGGAACACGUAUGGGGCAACAGCCUGACAAGAAAGUUAUUUUACAUGUUUAGGAUGUAGUAUUAAUACUGUACUGUUCUGUGGUAGUGACCCUCAUCCAUCUUUCUGUUUUUUUUCCUCUAAAAACUGAAAUACCCCUUGAAGCCAAUUUGCAAACAGCAUUUAUAUACAGAUGUUUCCAUGGUUACAGACUACAAAUAAACCCUGUGUAGUCAGAUCCUGCAAUCAUGCUCCCAUCUGUUACUUCCUUUUAACAUACAUUUGAUUGAAUGGGCCACAUGGGUGACAAGGUUGGUUUGUAGUAUGUUACCAUGAAGAUACAUGGGUAAACUUAGUUGUAGACCAGAAACAGGAGAUUUUUAAGCAACACUGUUUGCUAAGUUGCAUAAUA